GUGAUCCUAUCGCAACAGCUAUGGGAAAACGAGGUCAAGGUGGACGUAGAGGGGGCAAGCCUCUGAAUGUGUAUAACUCGGAUGAUGACCCUGAUCCCGAGUCUCAGGACUUCUACCAUGAUGACAUUGAUGACUUCCACGAGGGGAGAAAUAAGGUGCUCCUUGAUGAGGGAUAUAAGGACCGACGCCUGGAUGACUCGGAAGAAGAGGAGGAGGUCAUGAAUGUUGUUUCGGAUGAUGACCUCCUGAGCUCUGAUGAUGACGAUGAUGAGAUCCGAAUGUACAAGACGCAGCUCCGCCGCCUCCGUCAACAUCACCUCCAGAAGAAGAUGGACAGUGACCUGGAGGAGGAAGCAGUAGAUGAUGGUCUGCCAGACAGCAAGGCAUGGGGAGUGAAGCGGAACCGGUUCUACCAUGCUGAUAUCAUUGACAACAAGUUUGAUUUGUCGGGGUCGGAUGAGGAGACGGGAAACGCUGCAAUGGAGGAGAAGGAGGCUCUGGCUCUUCAGAAGAAGAUGGCGGAGGAGAUGAGCGACCAGGACUUUGGACUCGACGCCUUCACGGUCAAGCCAGCAAAGAAGAAGGAAGCGAAAGAGGAGGGCAAGGUUGUGAAAGAUUUGUCAAAACUCUCUAAAAGGGAAAAGUUGGAGCUCCUGAAGAAAGAAUCUCCUGAACUGUUGACCCUCAUCGAGGACUACAUCAGCAAGAUGACAGAAGUUAAGGACAUUUUCCAACCAUUGCUGACCCUUGUCAAUGAAGGCAAAGUUCAUGGCAGUGCUGCAGAUUACGUCAGGACACGAUUUCACCUCAAUAUGAAUUACUGUAUCAAUGUCAGCUUCUACCUCAUGCUGAAAGCCAAGCACAUCGCAGCCGGGAACCACCCUGUCAUCAAGAGACUGGUGCAGUACCGAAAUCUGAUGAAACAGUUGGAGCCUCUUGACACCAAACUCAAGCCCGAGAUUGAUGACAUUCUGGACAGAUUGAAGAAUGGGGAGGACGUUCACCUGCCCCCUCCCCCUGAACAAACAGCAGGGGUCAGAAAGAAGGCUGAGAAACUCAAAAGAAAACUGAAGGAGAAGACGAGAGGCAAAGACCCUGAACCCCCAGCAAAGGUGAAGAAACAGAAUGGAAGCUUCGAGACCCAGGCUGAGAAGGAUGCCCUGGAGUACUACAGCAUGAUGAAGAAAGGUCGCAACAUGUAUGAUGAUGAUGAUGAUGAUGAUGAAGAUGAUGAGGACGAGGAUGAUGAGAAGGCGGGUGCAGUGGAGCCAUCUCAGCCUGAUGAUGGGGAGGAGGAGGAGGAGGAGGAGGAAGGGAAGAGAGCAAUAACAUACCAGAUUGCCAAGAACAAAGGUAUGACCACCAAGAGGAAGAGGGAACAGAGGAACCCGAGGGUCAAACACAGGAAGAAGUUUGAGAAGGCCAAGGUCCGCAGGAAGGGCCAGGUGCGUGAACCGAGGACAGAGAUGAAUAGGUAUGCUGGGGAACUGACGGGUAUCCGAGCUGGCAUUAAACGUGGCGUCAAGCUCCGGUGAUCGGCUUCAUUCCAGACACAUGCUUGCUUUCCUAGCAGAUUAAGAUUGGGACUGGACAGCAGUUUUACAUGUGGCUGAAACACUGAGUUUGAUUUUGAAGCAAGCUCGGUUGACCAUGUCUCACCAUGUACUACUCAUAGUUGGGUUACCAAAUAUUAUGACACUGAAAGCAGGACACUGAGUGAGUUUCUGAAGAAACCUCACAUGACUUUGUCUGUCUGAUCAGAUCACACUGCUGGUAGUAGGAAGCCAUUUACUACAGGCCAUCACAUCAUUAAGACAGCAUUGUUUCCACAUGUGGGAAAUAAUAGAUGUGGAUAGUUCAACAUUUUCAGUACCCCAAGGAUUGAGACCUCAGUAUCGGUACUGCCCAGGUCAUGCUGCUGCUAUAGUAGUAGUAGUAGUAGUAGUAGUGGUACACUGGGAUAUGGAGUUGAAGAACUUGGACUUACUUACAAUGAAUGUCCUAUUGCAAUUGUUUUGUAAACAUGGGAAAUCCUUCAUCAGAACUAUUUCUAUUGUAUGUCAGUGCUCAUACUCAAACAUUUUGAACAGGAACCACAAUUUGUGAAUAAAUUGUAAAUUUGA